AUGCCUCGAACUUGUAUCAAAAAGACAGAAAGACAACAAUACUCGAAAGAUGAUCUUAAGAAUGCUAUUGAUAGCAUUAAAGAAGGUGGAACGAUUCGUCAAGUUGCGCGGGAUAGUCACAUGCCACAGGCAACACUUCAACGUCAUGCUGCUGGAGAUGUAGAACAUUUUGGUCCUGGCCGUCCAACAUAUUUUACUGUUGAAGAAGAAAAAUACUUAGCUAGUGCCUUAACUGAAUGGGGAGAACCAUUAACAACUCAUGACUUUCUAGCGAUAACAGCUGUUUAUGCGAGAGAACUGGGACGACCUAACAUGUUUAGUAAUGAGAUCGCUAGUUAUGACUGGUAUAACGGGUUUAUGAAACGACAUGCUGAAUUUAAAUUAAAAACACCUCAACUGUUGAAAAAAUAA